UGAUUGACUUGGAAUAAUCAUACAAGCUGGAUACAAGAGAGGCAACGAUACAAACCAUUCUGCAUUUCUUCUACAUCAUUUCUUCUAUUUUGCGGAGGCUGAAAAAAUGGCUGAAGCGAUCAUUUCCACGCUACUGGAUCUGCUGGCUUCAACAGUUUACGAGUACGUUGGCGGAGAGGUGAAACUUGUUUUGAAGGCCAAGCAAGAUGUUGAAGAAUUUGCUCGCAAUCUCAGAGCUAUUCAAGCCGUUCUCGAAGAUGCAGAGCAAAGGCAAGUCAAGGACGCCAGCGUGAGGAACUGGUUGGAACAGCUCAAAGACAUAUCCUUCCAGAUGGUGGACGUGCUGGACGAGUGGAACACUGACAUUCUGAGACAACAGGUUGAGAAGCAAGAACGAGAAGGUGAAAACGCUCCUGUUCCUGAGAAGAUGAAGGUAAUUCUCUCUGUCUCUGUCUCCCCUUGCUGCUUUUGUUUUGGCAAAGCCAAAGAGUUGAUUUCUCGCCAUGACAUUGCGAGUAGGAUAAAAGAUCUGAAUGGUAGGCUAACUAAGAUUGAUGAGCAAAGUAAAAGGUAUGGGUUUCUACACACAGAAAGAGGCAUUCAACAAUUACCUGAACGGCAGAAGACUUCGUCUAUUGUCGUCCAGUCAGAGGUAUUUGGUCGAGAUGAGGAAAAAGACAUUCUGAAAACAAAGUUGUUGAGUGAUGGUGGAGAAGAUCGGAGGGGGCUCCUUAUCAUCCCUAUUCUAGGGAUGGGGGGAAUGGGAAAAACAACUCUAGCCCAACUAGCUUAUAAUGAUGACAAGGUUAAAGCCUAUUUUGAAAAGAGAGCGUGGGUUUGUGUCUCGGAUCCUUUUGAUGAGAUUAAGAUUGCCAAAGCUAUAUGCGGUGAUAGUGCCCCAAACUCAAAUGAGUUGGAUCAUGUCUUGCAACAUAUGUCAACAUCCAUCGAGGGCAAAAGGUUUCUCCUUGUCUUAGAUGAUGUGUGGACCCACGACCGUGAAAAGUGGGAAAAAUUAAGGGCACCACUAAUCCAAAAGUGGUGCUCUGGUAGUAGAAAUUUUGGUGACCACACGAAAGCAUGAGGUCGUUGAUAUGAUGAGAGCAAAAUAUGAAAUGAUCAAUUUGGGAGGGUUGAGGGAAGAAAUAUUGUUUAUCAAUCUUUCAAUCGCAUGGCGUUUGAUGAUACAGAAGUAGAAGAGUCCAAGGCAUUUGAAGAUAUUAGUAAGGGAUAUUGUGAAGAAAUGCAAGGGCUUACCUCUCGCUGCAAAAGCAUUUAGGUAGUCUCAUGUACAAUAAUAAAACACGGAGGGAAUGACUAGAUGUCUUGAAUAGUAAGAUAUGGGAUCGAGAAGAGGUGGAGCAAGAAGUUUUUCAACCACUUUUUAUAAGUUAUUAUGAUUUGGCCCCAGCAGUCAAAUGUUGCCUUUUGUAUUGUGCUAAUUUUCCUAAAAGAUUAUGAGUUUGAGAGGGAUGAAAUUGAUUAAUCUUUGGAUGGCACAAGAUUAUCUUAAUUCAAAAGGGAAUAAAGAUGAGGGAGAAGUUGGUCAAGCAAUUUUUGAUAACUUAGUAGCACGGUCUUUUUUUCAAGAUUUGGAGAAAGACAGUGUUAGUGGUAAAAUUACAGGUUGCAAAAUGCAUGAUAUUGUUCAUGACUUUGUGCAAUCUCUCGCCAAGGAACGAAUGUUUGAUCACUGAGGAUGUUGACAGUGAAAUAGAGGGUUUGGGUGAAAAGGUUCGUCAUUUGACCUUAACCUUUAGGUCGAAACGUGGUGAAGUCACUGCCACUCCCACCUUCUAAUGCAUAUUACAAUUGCAAAAACCUACGUUCACUCUCAUAUUUUGGUUCAUCCAUUGCUAAGAUAGACUCAAACUUUAUUCUACAAUUGAAAUGUCUUAGGACAUUAAAUUUGAGUUGGAGUGGCAUAAGUGAAGUCCCAAAGGAAAUUGGUGAAUUGAUACAUUUGAGGCAUAUUGAUUUGUCAUGGAAUCGUGAUUUGAAGAUAUAUUGCCGGAUGGUAUCUGUGAGUUGUACAAUUUGUAUACCUUGCGCCUUUGUUAUUGCAGGUCAUUUGAAAAAUUACCUGAUAACAUGGGAAAGUUGAUUAGCUUAAAGCACCUGUAUGUUGAGAAAUGUGAUAAGCUGGAGUACUUGCCAAAAGGGAUUCGGAGAUUAAAAAAAUUGAAAAGAAUUGAUGCGUGUGUUGUGGUUUGUGGUGAGGAUGAGAACAGAGCAGCAUUACAAGUGGGAGAUCUGAGAGUCUUGAACCAUGAGGGCAGUCUCAACAUAAAAUUGAAGGGGAAUGUGAAAGAUGAGAGAGAGCUUGAGAAAGCACAGUUGUGGGACAUGGAAGAAACUCUUUUCAUCUCGAAAUUGAUUCUGAGGAUGUUCAAUACAAGCAGACAAGAAGCACUGUAGAAAUACUGAAUGGGCUACGACCGCACGAAAAUCUGGAAUCUAUCUAUAUUUCUUAUCAUUCAAGCACCACCUGUCCCAAUUGGAUCAUGUCUUUGCACAACUUAAGAAUCAUCUAUCUAUUUCAAUGGAGUGAAUGUCAGUUUUUGCCUCCUCUUGGGAAAUUGCCCCACCUUGAAAAGCUGACUUUGAAUGGAAUGGAUAAGGUGAAAAAGAUUGGUGGUGAAUUUUUGGGAAUAGUCGACGAAGAUGAGUCGUCAUUGAAAUCAUCAUCAUCCUCAUUUUUCCCAAAGUUGAAAGAACUUAAUAUCUUCAAUAUGUUAGCGUUGGAAGAGUGGGAAGUAGGCGUGGAAGGGUGGAACAAAGAGGAUUCUGAAAUUUCAAUCAUGCCAUGCCUUUCCUCUUUAGAAAUUCAUUACUCUAAAGGCAUAAAAACACUGCCAGACUUCCUCUGGAAAACACCACUGCAGGAACUUAUCAUUGAGGAUUGUCAGAGUCUUUCAGAGCGCUAUAAUCAAGACAGUGGAGAUGAGCGGCCCAAGAUUUCUCACAUCCCAAACAUCAAAAUCUUAUAAUCCUUAAGAAUUCAGAUAAUCUUCAAAGGACAUGAACAACGUCGAUCAAGUGGUGACUCGCGAGCUAGGCAUAUCUAUUAAUCUUCUUUGAAAGUUGCUUAAGUUUUCGCAGAAAAUAGUAAGACUUGGAGCAGAGGUGAGCCAAAUUAAAGAGGGUCAAUUGAGGUUACCUUCAGAUUUCUCAUAAGGGAUUCUGUAGAGCCUAAAAGCGUGAUGUCGACCAUCAACAUACCACUACUGAAGCUUCCCCACAAAUUUUGAUCAUCUUCACCUAAGCCAUGAGAAGUUGCAGGCAUUGGAAAGUGAUUCCUCAAAGCAUUCCUCUGGACUCCUCAUUGCUUGGACCUGCGCUUAAUGAUCCUUCAUGGCCAUUUUUCAAUAGGUCAAAUACAAUCACGUGAACAGGGGAGCUAACUGCAUUUCACAUAGACGUAGUUUGGUUUGAGGAGCUUACAUGAUUGUACAUCUCCUUGUAAAGGAUAGUCAUACUAUGUAAUUUUGGCGUGUAGAGUUCUUUCUCCUUCGAUUGGGUUGAAAUCCCCAACAAUGUUUUUACUGAGGUCCCUUUCAGUGGUGCACCCCAUCGUCUCUUGUACAUAUUCUUCCAUAACGUUAAUGAAUAUCAUACUUCUUUCCAA